UAACCACUCGAUUUACGAUCCGUGGAACUCUGGUAUGGCUCGUUCGGAAGUCUCGGCCACACCAUCAGCGUUUCACUUCGAUAGUGACGUAAGUCAUUAUUUGGUUGCUGUAAUUACGAAUUGGUCAAAAGAUGAUAUGUUGAAGUCGUCUCCUUUUGUUCAAUUCUUUAUUCAUCUAAUCUUUUACACUGCGUGGUCGUCAAUUCCCUCAUCUCCGAAAGCAGAGCCCAAUUUCACUCAACUCAGCAGCCGGGACACGAAAAAACACCGACAUACACGCUACAACAACAUCGAAAUGUUUGAUUCAUCCUUCUCAUACUCCUCCGAGCAACCGCUGUCAAGAAACGCUUCCGACAGCGUCGCUAUCAAACUUAUGCACGACAUCGAUGUCAUCAUGCAUCUCAAUCCCGACUGCAAAGGAAUCAAACUCGUUUCGGAUCCAUCAGCAAACCCUCAAGAAUACAAAAUCGAAGACAGCCUCGCUUUCGUACCCAAGAAACUCUGGAGUGGAGGAGUCUGGUACACUGCAUUCUUCAAGCCUGUGGACGAUGGCUGUGACAUCACUAUUCAAGCGCCCGGUGGCUUUACAUCGACGAAUAAGUGGAGAUUGGUGAAGAAGGCAGAUGGGCAGAGAUUCAUCUCUAUCACAAGUGAUGCAAAGUGCAGCAAGACUUUUGCAUACUUUGUCAAAAAGUUCUUGGAGAGUCAGCAUGGUCAGCUACAGCGUAGUUUCAAUGAGCGUGUUGAGGCUACUGCAAGACCUGGAACACUUAGACGCAGGUCGUCGGUGCCUCGAUCUUUCAGAGCUGUGAGCAGAGGCCAGGAUAUGGUGGCCGCCUAAGGCAGCAGAGGCGUAUUGAAGCCUGAGAUGUCAUUCUGGGCACUGAGUAGUUGAGCAUAGGCAACAACUUUGCAUGUGGAAGGCGUUGGAGAUACACAAAGAAGUGUCCUCCGAAGGGUAUGGAAACAGGCCAAUGGUUGUGUGGGUUGCGGAACAUAUCAUGACUUUUACGAAUAUAGUAAUAAUUAAUUUAUACCAAUGGCUUAACCAACGUUGCUUGCC